CUGUCUUUUUUAGCAGAACUAACUGCAAUUUUGUCAUUUCAUAAUUCAUUUCCAUAAAAGAGGAUUAAGUUUAUUAAUAAAUAUAUUUAUCAAUAUUGCUGCUGACAUUUCGAAAUGAAGAACAUCUAUGGCGUACUUCUUUUGCUAUACAUCACUCUCGCUUAUUCACAAAAAAACCCAUUUAUACCUCCUAUCACACAAACACUUGUAAGAGAUAUUGGGGGUGAAGUGGAUUUGGAUUGUUCAACCAAACAUUUCUUAGAGUUCAAUGUUUUAUGGUUCAAGGUUACAACAGAUGAAAUAGAUACAUCUAUUUUACUUUCGUCUGGAAGUACACUUAUUGUCAAAGAUCCAAGAGUUUCAUUGAUAACAGAAAUAAAGCAAGAUAGCAGUCGAUUCAUAAUACAUAUUAAUGAUAUUCAGGAAGACGAUGCCAGUAUCUAUCGCUGUGAUCUAAUAAUUGGGUUUAAUGCCGAAAUAUCUUAUUACACCGAGUUAUUGGUGCGUAGACCACCAUUUAUUUAUGACAACUCUACCAAAUCAUUAGUUGUAGAAGAAGGUCAAUCAGUGCAACUUGCAUGUUUUGCUGGUGGAUAUCCUACUCCACGUAUUUUCUGGAGGAAACCUAACAAUGCAAUUUUAACUAUAGGUAACAUUUUGAAAAUUCCUGCUAUACAAAAAGAAGAUCGUGGAACCUACUAUUGUAUAGCUGAAAAUGGUGUUGGCAAAGGUACAAGACGUAGAAUUUCCAUAGAAGUAGAAUUUCCUCCAGUAGUAACUGUUUUACAAACUAGAGUGGGACAAGCUGUUAAUUACGACGUAUAUCUUGAAUGUCAUGUUGAGUCGAAUCCUCCACCAGCUCUCAUUUGGAUGUUUAAUGGCGUACAAUUAUCUAAUAAUAAACAUUACUUAAUAUCAGAUUUUGCUACUGCUGACGACAAAAUUGACAGUAGAUUACAAAUUAUAAAAAUUAAAAAUUAUCUUUAUGGUGAUUAUAUCUGCCAAGCAGCAAAUAAUUUAGAAACUGCUGAAAUAACAAUUACUGUUUUUGAAACGGUAUUACCACAGUGUCCUCCUGUUUGUUAAGAAUUAUCGGACCACGCAAGCUGCUGUUUUAUUCUAGUUGUUUCCGUUUACCAUUUUUAUAUUUAUAUACAUUUAAUUAUUAUUUUUCUGUCCAAAAACAAUGUAUUAAAGAUGAAAUAAUAUAAUUCUAAAAUAACAUAA